GUGAUAUCAUUCUCUAAUACACUCUCUUAAGCUUAUCAGGUUGCAAAAUAUGGCAACUUCCUACAGAUUGUUCUUUCUCCUUUUCAGCUUCGUGUGCUCGAUUCUUUCCAACAAUGUUGUUAAUGCAGCUGACACUGGCAUCACUAGGCACUACAAGUUCGACAUCAAGCUGCAAAAUGUGACAAGAUUAUGCCACACCAAGAGCAUUGUCACAGUUAACGGAGAGUUUCCAGGGCCUCGUAUUGUUGCUCGAGAGGGUGAUCGACUAGUUAUCAAAGUUGUCAACCACGUCCAAAACAACAUUACCAUUCAUUGGCAUGGGAUUAGGCAGAUACGAAGUGGAUGGGCAGAUGGACCGGCUUACAUAGCGCAGUGCCCUAUACAAACAGGACAGACUUAUGUAUACAACUUCACCGUUGUUGGACAGAGAGGCACACUUUGGUGGCAUGCUCAUAUUUCGUGGCUCAGAUCAACCCUUUACGGACCUAUGGUUAUUCUUCCUAAGCGCGGUGUUCCUUACCCUUUUCCCCAGCCUUACAAGGAAGUUCCUCUUAUCUUUGGGGAAUGGUGGAAUGCAGACACUGAGGCAGUCAUCAACCAAGCUACGAAAACAGGAGGCGGUCCAAAUGUAUCGGAUGCCUACACCAUCAAUGGCCUUCCCGGACUAUUAUACAACUGCUCAGCUAAAGACACCUUCAGAUUGAGUGUAAAACCAGGCAAAACUUAUCUCCUAAGGCUUAUUAAUGCUGCGCUCAAUGACGAUCUCUUCUUUAGCAUUGCUAAUCACACUCUCACAACAGUGGAUGUCGAUGCUGUCUAUGUUAAGCCCUUUGAGACCGAAACAAUCAUCAUAACUCCCGGUCAAACUACCAAUGUCCUUCUCAAGACAAAGCCUAAUUACCCUGGUGCGACCUUCCUCAUGAUGGCUCGGCCUUAUGCUACAGGAAGCGGCACCUUUGACAACUCUACUGUUGCCGGUAUGCUUGAAUACCAACACCCAAAACCGUCGACUUCAAUCAAGAACCUUCCUCUCUUCAAGCCCACCCUUCCAGCCCUUAAUGACACUUCUUUUGUAGCCAACUUCACCAACAAACUUAGAAGCCUAGCAAAUGUUAAAUACCCGGCGAAUGUACCAAGGAAUGUCGACAAACACUUCUUCUUCACAGUGGGGUUAGGAACCAACCCAUGUCCUAAAAACCAUACAUGUCAAGGCCCAACCAAUACCACCAUGUUCGCGGCUGCUAUCAACAAUGUCUCCUUUAUCAUGCCUACAAAAGCUCUGUUGCAAUCACACUUCUCCCGUCAAUCAAAUGGUGUCUUCACCACCAAUCUUCCUACAUCACCGCUAAUCCCCUUCAACUACACCGGUACACCACCUAACAACACGAAUGUGAUAGAUGGAACUAAGGUGGUGUCAAUUCCAUUCAACACAAGCGUCGAGCUUGUGAUGCAGGGCACCAGUAUUCUAGGGGCAGAGAGCCACCCACUUCACCUUCAUGGGUUUAACUUCUUUGUGGUUGGACAAGGCUUUGGAAACUUCGAUUCUAAAAAAGACCCUGCUAAGUACAACCUUGUUGAUCCUGUUGAGAGGAACACAGUUGGUGUGCCUGCGGGAGGGUGGGUUGCCAUUCGAUUUCAUGCAGACAAUCCAGGAGUAUGGUUUAUGCACUGUCAUUUGGAAGUUCACACAAGUUGGGGCUUGAAGAUGGCUUGGGUAGUCGAAGACGGAAAGCUGCCUAAUCAGAAGCUGCCACCACCCCCAGCCGAUUAUCCCAAGUGUUGAUCAAAGUGCUUCACCUGAGAAUUUUUUCCUGUAAUGAGUGACAGAAAAUGACUGAUAUUUUUUUUCUAGGAAAGUUUUUUCCUUAAGUUUGUUUGUUAUGACUUUCACAGUGCGGCUCAAUUUCUAACUUGUUAUACCUUAUGAAGGAUAGGAUGAGUGGCCAAUUAGCCGUAGAAAGAUUUCUUCUUAAAUUUUCUCAUUUUGUAUUGUUUUCGUUGAUCAAGUGUAAGUUGAACUUCUGUAUGAAUCUUCUUUUACCAAUUUUUCAAAAGAAAUUGCUCAAAUUAUUCCAUUACAUCAGCUCACGUUUUUCAAUUUAGGUACUUCAGUAUGCCUUUGCAAUAUUACUUGGUUCAAUUAAAAAAUAAAAUACGUAGAAUGUGAAGUUCUUGGAUGAAAACUACAACGCUGUUGGAACUAGUACGAUAUAAGCAACCGUGCCUCGUUGUCAAAAAAAAAAAAAAAAAA